AUGGAUGAGCUUGCAAAAGUUUUAUCUUUCAUUGAUGAACGAAAGAAUUUUGCAGCUGCAAAGUCGGUUCUAAAAUCUUCGAAAUGUCCAGGAAAAAUUACUAAAAGCAAUAAUCAAGCCAAACAGCGGCAAUCGUCUCUUUUGAGUAUGUUUCCAAAGUGUAUUGAAGAGGAAGAAGAAUCGGUCCUCGUUGCGCUCUCUUUAUCUAUGCAAGACCAAGGUAGAAGACAAAUGAAGGGGAAGUAUUCUUCGAAUGAUAGCCAAGUUUCUGGCGUACUACUUCCACACGAAGCGCAAGCUAUUUCUACAACUCGUUUAUUAACUAUUCUAAAGUCAUCAAGCAAACCAUUCGAUGUUCAAAAAUUUAAGCGUUUAGAAAUUGAUAACUCUGAUGGUAAGAAAAUGCCGCAUUUCCGAUUGCCAAGGGAAUGA